AUGAUGACUGCAUCACCUUUGCAGGUGCACCAGAACUACCACCAGGACUCAGAGGCCACCGUCAACCACCAGAUCAACCUGGAGCUCUGCACCUCCUGUGUUCGCCUGUCCAUGUCUUACUGCUUGGACUGCAAUGCUGUGGCUUUGAAGAACUUUGCCAAGUACUUUGUUCACCAAUCUCAUGAGGAGAGGGAACAUGCCGAGAAACUGAUGAAGCUGCAGAACCAACGAGGUGGCCAACCCUUCCUUCAGGAUAUCAGCAAACCGGACCGUGAUGACGGCGAGAGUGGGCUGAAUGUGGUGGAAUGUGUAUUACAUUUGGGAAAAAAUGUGAGUCAGUCACUACUGGAGCUGCACAAAUUGGCCACUGACAAAAAUGAUCCCCAUUUGUGUGACUUCAUUGAGACACAUUACCUGAAUGAGCAGGUGAAAUCCAUCAAAGAAUUGGGUGACCACGUGACCAACUUGCGCAAGAUGGGGGCACCCUAA